GAUCCGGUCUGAUCAUGAACACCAUUCAUCUUUUCUGUCUGAUUGCUCUGAGCAUCUGCAAACUAAUAACCUGUCAUCCUAUACAGAAGGAAACAAUCCAAACUGAUUUAACGAGAGAAAAUGUGGAAGACAAGAUCAGCAGCUAUGGAUUAUUUCUGAUGGCUAAAUUAACUAAUGGCAUAGAGAAAGCCAUUUAUCGAGAGUCAAAUGGAGCUGUUUUACUAAAGAAAAUAAGCAGAGACUGCUUCUCACUACUUGAUACUAAAAGACUUAUUUUAAUGUGCUUGGAUACAACCAAAAAGCCAUAUAUUUCUGUUGACAACACUAAUGACUGCUUUAAAACAAUUCAAAGAAAGAUUUUCCGACAUGCUAUGUGUUCAUGGAGGAACGAUGCAGAAACCAAAGAAUUACCACCUCCUCCUACGCAUUUAAACAACCACAACUCUCAUCUCAGGCUGAGAAGAAGCCAUCUGUUUGACCCGACUGAUCCUUUGGGUUCCGAGAAUCCAAAGUCAAGGACCGUGAAUUAUCGAAGACAGAAUAAAGAGCAUGAGCACACCGGUAACGUUUCUAGAGAAACCAUCACUUCCUGUGAUGACCCUUUACAUGUACUGCUCUCAAAGAGCCCAGUCAGUCCAAACUUACAAAAAGAGAAGAAACACAAGCAAGUCGCACCAAUUAAUCCAUUCUGAACGAAUUCCUAAGCUCUUGAAGUUCGUAAACCUGAAGAAACCAAUCUAUGUGGAAGAACUUCACUUUUUGGAUAUUACCUAAAAGCAUACACUGAUAGUGCAAUGUUAAGAAACCAAAUGGUGCCAAGAAAUUAUUGCAUAUGUAUGACACAAUCCAGGGGGUGCAUUACAAAAAGAUUCUAACUUUAAAAUCGUAACAUAUUAGUUUGGUAACCUGGAAAUUUCAGUUACAACCUACCAACCAAACAUACUAAAAAAAAGGCAUUCCUUUUAUUGAAUAUUAGACAUGAAGAAUGGAGAUGCUUAAUGAUCGAUAGAUACUUAGAGUACUGAAGAUGCAUUACAUUUCCAUGGCAAAACACUUACGGUAAUAACAAACUGCCAUAUUAAACUAUAGUUAGCGCAGGACCUGCAAUCAACAUUACAAAUUAUAGUGCAAGUGACUUAUUUUUUCGCUGGCUUGUUAAUCAAUUUUAGUUUAGGCUAACUCAUUAGCAGCUCACACAGUUUUGGUUGCUUGGUAAAAGAUUUAAGAAUGGAUUGUCGAAUUUGAUGGCAAAAUUCCUAACUACAGAUAUGAUUUUGUAAGAAAUGCCAAAUCAAGCUAAUAUUUGCUUCUGUGAAACAAACUUGUAAGAAUAAGAAACUGUAAUACAUCUCCUGUGCUGCUUUUUCAGCUUAGUAGGUGAAGCUAGUUUAGGUCACUGCUUGUCAGUCCUUUCACCUUGUUAAGUCAGUUAAAAUUUAAACUACCUUGUAAUGCUGUGGCAAUAUAGCGCAGCUUUCAUUAGAACCGUGCAAGUGUCCUUUUUCUGUUUAACUGAUGUAGGUCAUGUAAUACUCAGAAUUAUGCGCAGUCUUUGAUUACACUUUGCAAUGUAUGAAAUCAGUUCAUAUCAUUUCAGUGUUGCAAGUAUAGACCUAUUAUAUUUUCAACAUACACCUAUGGAAAAAUGAACCACUUGACAAUUCAAUUCUCUAAAUUCCUUUCUCUGGA